UCCAAAUCAUAAUAACUUGCAAUUUCUCAAUUUAAUCCUCUCACUCAAACCCAAGAAUUUAAUUUCAAUACAAAAAUGCAGCCUAAAUUCUGUUAUUUGACACUCUUUGUUAUUUUCUUAAUAAUUGGAGUUACUGUUGGUGUUUGUGAAGAUAAAAUGAUUUCUCCUGAAUUGUCUAGAGAGCCUGAUAACGAGGGCGGUGGCUCUACUGGUGCUACCGGCUCCGGCCACGGCCCCAACGGGGAAUACAGUUGGGGUUGGGGAGCUAGUCCAAAUAGUGGCUGGGGAUAUGGUUCAGGUUCAGCUCGGUCGCCGAAUGGGUUUGGCAGGGGUUUUGGGUUUGGCUUUGGCUUUGGGUCUGGAAGCGGCUCAGGUUCAGGACACGGUUCUGGGUCUGGCACUGGUGGUGAAACUGGCGGUGGUUAUGGAGCUGGAAGCGGGUCUGGUAAUUCUGGUGGAGGAAGUGGUGGCGCAGGUGGCUACGGUGGCGGUCGCAGUCGCUCACCAGCUGAUUUAUAGAGAUUGUUUCAACUAAGUUUGAUCCUUUUUCAUUCUUGAAGUAUUUCAUAUGCUAAAGAAUGAAACCUAUAAGUUGGGUUAAAUAUCUAUACGCUUACUAAACUAUAUAUUUUCUUAA